AUGGAUGAAACGGAACCUAGCGCAGAGCACCCGGGCCACUUCCACAUCAUCGCCCAAGGACCACAUUCUGCGCUCUGGAUCCACCUCACCACAAAAUACUACAAACCGGGGCGGGCCAUCUCCCGCAUCGUGCCACAUCUCUACGCCAUGUUGUCGACGGGCGACAUGACGUCACUCCGGGUGUCGGUAGCCGAUCCUAGCCACAUUGCUUGUGCAGCUUCGCUGAUGGAAGACGCUCCUCACCUGCGGACUGUUACACUGAGGAGCACAUACGACAAGGACGACGGGAGGACCAAAGAAGGCCUUGAUACCCUGGCGAGGACGCUGACGCCAGUCUCCUCCACCGACGGCGACGGAGGAUUACGUGUCCCUGCACCGAUGCUCGAGUGGUUGAACAUCAAGGUGAAGGGAAUCUCAACUUCGGACGACGUUUACGUCCGCAUGGCUGAAGAGCGUGCCCUUUGCGGCCACCCGCUUAGAUCCGAGGCGCCGCCUACCAGCCUCGUCUCCAUUCCCAGAAAGGACUGGGAAGAGGUGAUUCCUGAGCCUUUGUGGUCUUCAGGAGAGGAUGAUACAAAGCAUGAUCCCCGCGCUCUGUGGAAGUGCUGGCGGUCUCGGGGAAUCGCUCCAACUUUCACGAACGUAAAGAACGAAUAUUGGAGGCUGUGGACGGACUGGGACCGUCAUUCGAUGCAUGAACUGCCGAAGGACUGUUGA